AUGACUGACGCUGAGCUCGAUCGCGACUGGGUCCCCAACGGUCGCCGACCCCUAUCGACUGUGGCACGUUCUUUCUCCCAGGAGCUCAUGGACAUCUUUCGCAUCGACAAUUCCGUUUCUGACCUCGAUCAGCAAGUUUCUCAAAGACGCGAAACCGUGGGCAAGAAUAACCAGGAGCUUGCCGACCUCGAAGCCCGUAUCCGCGAAAUGGAGGACCGUCUCAAUCGCAAUCAGGGGGCCAAGCCCGCGCGGCCAUCUCAACAAUCUUCAAACAUCGCUCCCACAUCUGCACCCUCGCGGGAUGAAAACAAAUCGCGGCCGGGCACAGCUCGGGCUCCCAAGCAAGCACCCAGUUCUGGCAACAUGCCUCCAACCCCGGGGGCCAGUGAAGGUGAUUAUCGUCUCGUGGCUCGGGCCCAUCUGCAUGACCCCCUUCGCUGA